CCACAUGUUUUCGCAUAUGAAAAGUAUGAUUCUAUUUCUUGCUCAGGUCACUAUGUACCAUUUUGACCAUCCUUAUAGUCUGGAGAAGAGGGUUGGCGGCUGGAGCAAACAGGGAAUGGUUGAUGAGUUCGUGAAGUACGCUGAUUUUCUCUUCACAACAUACGGAAAGAAGGUGAAGUACUGGAACCCAGUUAACGAAGGCAACAUGCUCUGCAUAUUCCUAAUAACGCGUUUAGACACAUAUAGCGUCACUAAAACUGACAAUAGCUCAUACUACAAUUGCAUACAUCAUACUAUACUUGCUCAAGCUAGAACUUAUCGGCUCUACAAGGAAAAGUAUUAUAAGGAGCAGAAAGGUCUGGUUGGAACGUCAGUACUUGUGUGGCCCGGGACCCCCGCCACAGAAAGCUAUGAGGACCUCGUUGCUGCGAAUACCUUCAACGACGUGUUUGGCGCCACGCCUGUGCAUCCACUGGUGUACGGCGACUACCCAGACACGGCAAAGUACUUAAUAGAGAAGCGCUCCAAGAACGAGAUGGGCAUGACAGUAUCCAGGCUGCCCAAAAUAACAGACGAAGAACGAGAAAUCCUCAUUGGAAAGGACGGUGAAGGUGCGUAGGAAAUAACUUGAACAAA